AUGUUUUUAUCGAGGCGGCGGGUGACAGGCGAUGAUCAGCAGCAACGUCCUCAGGUUCUUGACUGCAAGAUACAGAAGGUGUGCUGCCUUGUCAUUCCUUCAGCUUGGGUUCAUGACCUCAGCGCAUAUUUGCUGUAUCUUCAGGUGUUGUUUAACCAGACGGCGACACUACAGUACCUGGAGUACUCUGACCACCUGCCUGACUUAACCGGUUUCACCUUACAUUACUGGCUUCACCUACUGCAACCCUCCAGCCUCGCCUGCCCCUUCACCUACUACAAUGAGGCAGAUGACACCUAUGUACAGGUGUUGAUCGUGUCCUCGGGGGUGAACACGUGGUCGUGGGUGUUGCAGAUCAACGACGUGGUUGUGAGUCUCGUCCAGUCCCCUGUGAACCUGAUAGGCAAGUGGCACCACGUUCUUCAUUCCUGGCACUCUGGCACCGGUAGCUGGAGUGUGUACCUGGACGGACGUCUGGUGGAUAGUAGUGUCAACACCCAGACGAAGGGGUUGGUAGUGAGCGGAGGUGGUCGAGCGUUCUCAGGUCACCGUCAGAGAGUCAUCAGGGGCAGCGACAAAUGUGUUGACGGUGAUGAAGGUCUCUAUGGAUGGCUCACACUGCUCUCCCUUGAUACACGCGGGAUAGAGCGUGGUGACUACUGGAUGAACAGGAUGAUGGUGGUGGUGGUGGCUGACGGAUGCAGACCUGAGCUAGGAGGUGAUGCUCUCAGCUGGUACCACACUCCUAGGAGAGGUUAUGGUGGAGUAAUGGAAGCUAGGGCUAACACCACCUGUGGCCUCUUCUAAACCACCUGCCACACAUUUUCAACCACCUGAGGCCCCUGUUGAACCUCCUGCGGUUUCUUCAUGAACCUGAAGGUAGAGACGACCAGGCACAUCUACAAGGACAUAUCGUAUCUGUUCUUGAAACUGUGUGUAGUGGUUGCCUCCACCUCUACAUCUAGGGUUUUAGACCUGCUGACCAAACACUGAAAAGCCUCUAACAACACAAUGUCUUAUCUACCUGACAUCUGUAUCAUCUGGCUUCCUCUCCCUGUAUCUUCAGUACUCUCUGUAUCCUUAGUAUUCUCUCUUUGUAUCCUGAACCAAUACUCUGUAUCCUCAGCACUUUGUAUCCUCAUCACUCUGUAUCCUCAGUACUGUAUAUCUUCAGUACUCUCUGUAUCCUCAGUACUCGGCAUCUUCAGUAGUCUCUGUAUCCUCAGCACUCUGCAUCCUCAGUACUCUCUCUCUGUAUCCUCAGCACUCUGUAUCCUCAUAUUCUCUGUAUCCUCAACACUCUGUAUCCUCAGUACUCUCCUAGCAGCCUCAGUACUCUCCUAGCAUCCUCAGUGCUAUCCUAGCAUCCCCAAUACUCUCCUAGCGUUCUCAGUGCUCUCCUACAAUCCUUAGUACUCUCCUAGCAUCCUCAGUACUCUCCUUGCAUCCUCAAUAAUCUCCUAGCAUCCUCAGUACUCCCCUAGCUUCAUCAGCACUCUCCUUGCAUCCUCAGGACUCUCCUAGCAUCAUCAGUACUCUCCUAACAUCCUCAAUACUCUCCUAGCAUCCUGAGUACUCUCCUAGCAUCCUCAAUACUCUCCUAGCGUCCUCAGUAAUCUUCUGGCGCCCUCAGUACUCUCCUAGCAUCCUCAGUACUCUCCUAGCAUCCUCAGUCCUCUCCUAGCAUCCUCAAUACUCUCUUAGCAUCCUCAGUACUCUCCUAACAUCCUCAAUACUCUCCUAGCAUCCUGAGUACUCUCCUAGCAUCCUGAAUACUCUCCUAGCGUCCUCUGUACUCUCCUAGAGUCCUCAGUACUCUCCUUGCAUCCUCAGUGCUCUCCAAGCAUCCUCAGUACUCCACCUAGCGUCCUCACUACUCCACAUAGCGUCCUCAGUACUCUCCUUACACCCUCAGUACUCUCCUAGUAUCCUCAGUACUCUCCUUGCAUCCUCAGUACUCUCCUUGCAUCCUAAGUACACUCAUAGCAUCCUCAGUACUCUCCUAGCCAACUCAGUACUCUCCUAGCAUCCUCAAUACUCUCCUAGCGUUCUCAGUGCUCUCCUAGCAUCCUUAGUACUCUCCUGGCAUCCUCAGUACUCUCCUUGCAUCCUCAGUACUCUUCCAGCUUCCUCAGUACUCCCCCUAGCGUCAUCAGUACUCUCCUUGCAUCUUCAGUACUCUCUUAGCAUCCUCAGUACUUCCCCUAGCGUCCUCAGUACUUUCCUUGCAUUCUCAGUGCUCUCCUAGGAUCCUCAAUACUCUCCUAGCGUCCUCAGCACUCUCCUAGCGUCCUCAGCACUCUCCUAGCGUCCUCAGUACUUUCCUAACAUCCUCAGUACUCUCCUAGAAUCCUCAGUACUCUCCUAGCAUCCUCAAUACUUUCCUAGCAUCCUCAGUACUCUCUAGCAUCCUCAGUACUCUCCUAGCAUCCUCAGUACUCUCCUAACGUCCUCAGUACUCUCCUAGCAUCAGUACUCUCCUAGCAUCCUCAGUACUCUCCUAGCAUCCUCAGUACUCUCUUAGCAUCCACAAUACUUUCCUAGCAUCCAGAGUACUCACCUAGCAUCCUCAAUACUCUCCUAGCGUCCUCAGUACUCUCCUAGCGUCCUCAGUACUCUCCUAGCAUCCUCAGUGCUCUUCUAGCACCCUCAGUACUCUCCUAGCGUCCUCAGUACUCUCCUAGCAUCCCCAUUACUCUCCUAGCAUUCUCAAUACUUCCCUAGCAUCCUCAGUACUCUCCUAGCAUUCUCAAUACUCUCCUAGCAUUCUCGGUAUUCUCCUAGCAUCCUCAGUACUCUCCUAGCAUCCUCAGUACUCUCCUAGCAUCAUCAGUACUCUCCUAGCAUCCUCAAUACUCUCCUAGCAUCAUCAAUACUCUCCUAGCCUCCUCAGUACUCUCCUAGCGUGCUCAGUACUCUCCUAGCACCCUCAGUACUCUCCUAGCGUCCUCAGUACUCUCCUAGCAUCCUCAGUACUCUCCUAGCAUUCUCAAUACUCUCCUAGCGUACUCAGUACUCUCCUAGCAUCUUCAAUACUCUCCUAGCAUCCUCGGUAUUUUCCUAGCGCCCUCAGUACUCUCCUAGCAUCCUCAGUGCUCUCCUAGCAUCCUCAGUACUCUCCUAGCAUCCUCAGUACUCUCCUAGCAUCCUCAGUACUCUCCUAGCAUCCUCAGUACUCUCGUAGCAUCCUCAGUACUCUCGUAGCAUCCUCAGUACUCUCCUAGCAUCCUCAGUACUCUCCUAGCAUCCUCAGUACUCUCGUAGCAUCCUCAGUACUCUCCUAGCGUCCUCAGUACUCGUCUAGCAUCCUCAGUACUCUCCUAGCAUCCUCAGCACUCUCGUAGCAUCCUCAGUACUC